GAAGAACACGAAGCUCGUGGCUGCUCGUUCGACGCUCGUGCCCCACGCGGCUGGCGAACGCUGGUGUGCAAGUGAAUGCCGAUCGUGUUCGUUUGAUUUCACCUGUAUUCAACCAUGCAGCAGUUGCUUUCCAUGUACCGCGACGCAGUGAGCCCGCGCACCGAGACACCACCAGACACGGCCGCAGUUACCGACUAUGACGACAACGCAAGUGAACAUGUCUGGAACACCGGCGGUGUUCGCACUGGCGGCGACGAGGCGGAGCGCGGCCGCCCGGCCACGUGGCUCGCGGUGGCCGGCACGCUGGUCGUCUUGCUCGGCCUGCUGCUGGCCAGCGCGCUCGCGCUGGCGAGGUUGAGCAGCGAGUGGGAGAGCGCUCGCCGCUCCCCCGAGACUACGGACACCACGGAGCCGGCGCACUACGUCUCGCCGAAGGUCCGUCGCCACGGCGAGCGCCCCGCCACUUGCCGUACCGAGGCGUGCAUUGCGGCCGCCAAUAACGUCAGCCUGGACACGACGGUCCACCCGUGCGGCGACCUGUACGGCCACGUCUGCAACAACUGGAUCAGAGGGCGAGCCGGCCGGGCGGAGGCUUUGGACGCACGCAGCUACCGACGCACAGUAGAUCACGCGCACCAGGCCGCGCUGUCUCGCGCCCUGCACAAGAUCCUGGCGCGCAGAACGGGAAGCCGGUCGCUGCCGUAUGCACUGCAGCGUCUCUAUCGCAAGUGUCUCAAGCCAGGACCCGAAGACGGGGUCCAAUUUCGCUCCAAGCUGCUCGACAGCGCUGGCGUCGCACCGUGGCCGCAGCCCCGUCGGGACACGGCGAACGCCGAGGACGUGUCCAAGGUUCUGGGCAACGCAUACUACUUCACGAACGAGCCGGUGCUCCUGCGAAUGGGAGUGGGUGCCGACGGGCUGGUGUUUCUCGCCGAGCCCCGGCUGCUUAUGGACGGCCCCGCGGCGACACCAGGCGACGUGGCACAGGCGGCCGCCGCGGCUUUCGUGUCGGCGGGAGGGCAACUGCCGCCGCCCGUCGACGUGAACCGAGUCGAAAAGCUAUUGGACUCGGCCCGAAGGGGUGACGACCCCCCGCCCUGGAACACAACGAUGCACCUGCCCGAGGUGGAACCGGACGGUGGCCGACAGCGUACCACCAAGAUGGCGCAGAGCGUCUGGGCCUCUUGGAACCUGCGCACGGUGAUCGAGGAGGCGUUCGAGCCUCGCGAGGCCAUCAGCGAGGUCGUCGUCCGGGCACCGAACUACGUCGAGGCUUUGCCGGACUUGCUCAAGCAAGUGAAGGAGCACGAGCUACUCAACUACCUGGGCCUGCGCACAUCUCUGCUGGCGUCCCGCCUGCUGCCAGCCGGCCCUGAGAAGCAGCUGCUUUGCCGGCUCACUGAUGUCGAUGACGUUGCGCCGGCCCGCACUGCCGACGAGCACUGCGUCCGAAUGAUAGCGAAGUACGAGCCGGCGCUGGCGCUAUACGUUCUGUCUACACGGUCGUCGCUGGUAACCGGCCUGGAUGCCGAUACACUGCUGGUAUUCCUGCACCGCCAGCUGUCCAGCCUGUUGCGCGCAGGGGCCCUGGGUACCGACAACGACACCCUCUCGACCAAGCUGGCAGACCGUGCGGACGCCCUGCCUUGGGUGGGGCCUGCCCCGGAGUGGCUCAAAAAUGCCGCCACGCGCCAGGCAUACAUCGCCAGGUUCUACGACACGACCACGCCACAUGCGUCCUCUUCAAAGGGUGCCGCGCCAGCCGUGUUCAGCUGGAUGCAGGAGAAAGUGGUCAACGAACACCUGGCGCUCAACGAGCCCGACCAGUUCGUGGACGCCCACUGGACGCCCGGCCUCUUAUCGACGCGCUGCAGGGUUGUGCUGCGCGAAGAGCAGUCAGUCGCCACCAGCGAGGACGAAGAAGGGAACGACGGCGACCCAAUCAAGGGGCUCCCGGAGGCCACGCUUCAGGUACCACCGGCGGCGUUGGACUUGCUGUGGGCGACCAGUCCUUCAACGGCCAUGCUUCAGGUGGCGCGCGUCGGCGUACGUGCGUACGAGCCAGUGCUGCGGCACCUGCUGCGCUGGCUGCAGCGGCAACAGCGCUCGGGGCGGAACCACUGCUCGAAGUGGACCACAGCUGAUGGCGACGACUUGGACGCUGCACUCGAGUCGCGGGCGCUGUCCCUGGCGCUUCGCGCCUACCUCGCGUGGCCGGGCGCACCAGAGCUCGUGUUGCCGGGGCUGGAGCACCUAAGCCCCGAGCAACUUUUCUUCCUCUUCUACGCACUCAACCAGUGCGAAGCCAACAGUCCCGACGUUGAGCAGAUGCUCGCUACGAAGAAGAAGCACUCUCGUGGGACAGCCAGACCGGGCCUUGCUGCCUGGGUCAACAGGGUGACUUCGACGAACGAGGACUUUGCCCGCGCCUUCAAGUGUACUCAGCGGCCAAAGCAGCCCGACCCUUUUCAGGACUGCAGCAAAGCGGCGGCCUAGGUUUCGGAGACGUUUUCUGCCGCCGAGUGCUGAAUUAUUCAGACGUCUUUUUUUUCACGUGCGAAAAUAUACAUACAUUUUUUUAAAACACCGA